CCCCGCGGCGGGGGCAGCGGGCGGCGGGGGCGGAGGCGGCCGCUAGCGCCCUGCCCGGCGCCGCCUCCUUCGGCGUUCGCCCCACGGACCGGCAGGCGGCGGACCGCGGCCCAGGCUGAAGCUCAGGGCCCUGUCUGCUCUGUGGACUCACAGUUUGUGGCAAGACAAGCUCAGAACUGAGAAGCUGUCACCACAGCUUGGAGCUGGGCGGCACAACCAGCACCAUCCAGUCGCGAUGGUGGACACGGAAAGCCCGCUCUGCCCCCUCUCCCCACUCGAGGCUGGCGAUCUAGAGAGCCCGUUAUCUGAAGAAUUCCUGCAAGAAAUGGGAAACAUCCAAGAGAUUUCGCAAUCCAUCGGCGAGGAUAGUUCUGGAAGCUUUGGUUUUACGGAAUACCAGUAUUUAGGAAGCUGUCCUGGCUCAGAUGGCUCAGUCAUCACGGACACGCUUUCACCAGCUUCGAGCCCCUCCUCGGUGACUUAUCCUGUGGUCCCCGGCAGCGUGGACGAGUCCCCCAGUGGAGCAUUGAACAUCGAAUGUAGAAUCUGCGGGGACAAGGCCUCAGGCUACCAUUACGGAGUCCACGCGUGUGAAGGCUGCAAGGGGUUCUUUCGGCGAACGAUUCGACUCAAGCUGGUGUAUGACAAGUGCGACCGCAGCUGCAAGAUCCAGAAAAAGAACAGAAACAAAUGCCAGUAUUGUCGAUUUCACAAGUGCCUUUCUGUCGGGAUGUCACACAACGCGAUUCGUUUUGGACGAAUGCCAAGAUCUGAAAAAGCAAAACUGAAAGCAGAAAUUCUUACCUGCGAACAUGACAUAGAAGAUUCUGAAACUGCAGAUCUCAAAUCUCUGGCCAAGAGAAUCUACGAGGCCUACCUGAAGAACUUCAACAUGAACAAGGUCAAAGCCCGGGUCAUCCUCUCAGGAAAGGCCAGUAACAAUCCACCUUUUGUCAUACAUGAUAUGGAGACACUGUGUAUGGCUGAGAAGACGCUGGUGGCCAAGCUAGUGGCCAAUGGCAUCCAGAACAAGGAGGCGGAGGUCCGCAUCUUUCACUGCUGCCAGUGCACAUCGGUGGAGACCGUCACGGAGCUCACGGAAUUCGCCAAGGCCAUCCCAGGCUUCGCAAACUUGGACCUGAAUGAUCAAGUGACGUUGCUAAAAUACGGAGUUUACGAGGCCAUAUUCGCCAUGCUGUCUUCUGUGAUGAACAAAGACGGGAUGCUGGUAGCAUAUGGAAAUGGGUUUAUAACUCGUGAAUUCCUAAAAAGCCUAAGGAAACCGUUUUGUGAUAUCAUGGAACCCAAGUUUGAUUUUGCCAUGAAGUUCAACGCACUGGAACUGGAUGACAGUGACAUCUCCCUUUUCGUGGCUGCUAUCAUUUGCUGUGGAGAUCGUCCUGGCCUUCUAAAUGUAGGACACAUUGAAAAAAUGCAGGAGGGUAUUGUACAUGUGCUCAGACUCCACCUGCAGAGCAACCACCCGGACGAUAUCUUUCUCUUCCCAAAACUUCUUCAAAAAAUGGCAGACCUCCGGCAGCUGGUGACGGAGCACGCGCAGCUGGUGCAGAUCAUCAAGAAGACGGAGUCGGAUGCUGCGCUGCACCCGCUGCUGCAGGAGAUCUACAGGGACAUGUACUGAGUUCCUUCAGAUCAGCCACACCUUUUCCAGGAGUUCUGAAGCUGACAGCACUACAAAGGAGACAGGGGAGCGGCACGAUUUUGCACAAAUAUCCACCACUUUAACCUUAGAGCUUGGACAGUCUGAGCUGUAGGUAACCGGCAUAGUAUUCCACAUCUUUGUUUUAACCAGUACUUCUGAGAGCAUAGAACUCAAAUGCUGGGGGUAGGUGGCUAAUCUCAGGACUGGGAAGGUUACGGCGAAUUAUGCUCAAUGGUCUGAUUUUAACUCACCCGACGUUAAUCAAUGCACAUUGCUUUAGAUCACAUUCGUGAUUUACCAUUUAAUUAACUGGUAACCUCAAAAUUCGUGGCCUGUCUUCCCAUUCACCCCGCUUUUGACUAUUGUGCUCUUUUAUAAUUCUGAAAACUAAUCAGCACUUUUUAACAAUGUUUAUAAUCCUAUAAGUCUAGAUGUAUCCAAAGGUGAAGUAUGUAAAAAGCAGCAAAAUAUUUAUUUCAAAGACUUCACUUCUGUUUCCUGAAUCUAAAGAAAGGCAACAUGCUGCUUUUUAAUCAUAGGAUGGAGAAUUUUAAAGAACUGUUUGGGCCAGGCACAGUGGCUCAUACUUGUAAUCCCCGCACUUUGGGAGGCCGAGGUGGGUGGAUCACAAGGUCAGGAGAUCGAGACCAUCCUGGCCAACAUGGUGAAACCCUGUCUCUACUAAAAAUAUAAAAAUUAGCCGGGUGUGGUGGCACGUGCCUGUAAUCCCAGCUACUUGGGAAGCUGAGGCAGGAGAAUCACUUGAACCAGGGAGUUGGAGGUUGCAGUGAGCUAAGAUUGCACUACUGCACUCCAGCCUGGUGACAGAACGAGACUCUGUCUUUAAAAAAAAAAACUGAUAAGCUAUCAAAAUGCAGCUGUUGUUUUGUUUUUGGUUCACUGUUUUCGUGGUUGUAACUAAUAUGUGGAAAGGCCCAUUUCCAGGUUUGCGUAGAAGAGCCCAGAAAACAGAGUCUCAAGACCCCCCGCUCUGGACUGUCAUAAGCUAGCUCCCGUGGUAAGCGGGACGAGACAAGCUCCCGAAGCCCACCAGCUUCCUGCUCCACUCAGCUCCGUCCAGUCGACCUGAACCCACCCAGUCCAGCUGUCUGUGGGAAUGGUGAUGUUCUUAAGGACAGACUGACACCUUACUUGUCAGUGUUCCUCUGGGCCCCAUUUGGCAGCUCCCGUAUCUUUUGUUAUGUUGCUUUUAAAGAUAUGAUGCUUUAUUGUUUUAACUCUUGGUGACAGUAGAUGCUCUCUGGAGUGCAGACAAGGCACACGUGUCUUCAUAGUCUGGGCUGGGUGGGAGCCAGUCACCCUGCGGAUCGAGAGAGGGGGUAGGGUCUUCUUCAAAUGGCAGUUUUACUCCAAAUGGCAGAUUUUACAAGAGUUGGUUAUUUUUUACAAUGGUUUAGGUUGUUAAGUCUCCUUUGUAUGUGAGGUAGUUUUUUCAACAUCUAAAAUAUUUGUUUUAGCCUUCAAAACCAACUUACCAACCUCAGUCCAGCUGGGAAGGCAGCGUUGAUUAUGGCAGUUUGUCAAGAAUAUAUGGACCCGGAAAUACUUUCUCUCUCUGUCCACCUGGUAGAUAAAUUGUCCUGUUGAGAAUUUUUAGAUCUGGACUGGAACUGCCAGGACCACCGCCUCCAGGGAGUCGCUGGGCACCUGGAGGUAUUGUCGAUGCCUCUCCCCCAUCUUUAAAAAUUUGGCUUUUCUGAGGCCAUUAUUAUUUUAAGAAUGAUGAGGAUUGAUAAGGGUCCCAUGACCAGCAUUAUGAAAAUGCGAGAGUGGGAAGGACACAGUGUGAGACUUCCACUAGAAAAAAGUGAAAGUUAGGGUUAGGACAUCCUUUUUUAAAAAUUACACAUUUAGUCCGUUUUGGUUUUUGGAAUCAGGCCAGGCGCAGUGGCUCACAUAUGGAAUCCCAGCACUUUGGGAGGCUGAGGUGGGAGGAUCACUUGAGCCCAGGAGUUCGAGACCAGCCUAGGCAACAUAGCAAGACCCUGUCUGUAUACGAAAUUUAAAAAUUAGUUCAUCGUGGUGGCAUACACCUGUAGUCCCAGCUACUCUGCAGGCUGAGGUGAGAGGAUUGCUUGAACCCAAGAGGUUGAGGCUGCAGUGAGCUGUGAUCUCACCACUGCAUUCCAGCCUGGGUGACAGAGUUAGAUUCCACCCCCUCCCACCCUCGCAAAAAAAAAAGAUGCAAUCAAAGAGCCUUUUGGCCAGCAAUGGCAGCAGCAGCGGCGGGCAGUCUGCCCAAGUGUCUUAGGAACCAAAAGCAAAUAAAAGUGUUUCCAUAUAUGCCACCAGCCAAGUAGCCAUCCUAAUUCAGAAAGAAGCUAGACUUUGAGUGGCAUGGUGUAUCCGUUUCAGUAUUAUUUCCUAAAAUGAGAAGCCCCUGUGUUGACAAGAUCCAGGGGCUGGAGCCCAAUGCCAAGCCUGUGUCGUCCCCAACGACCCUGCAGCUGCUCGCUCUGAUGUGCCCUGUGCCAUUCAAGGAGACGUGGUCCAGGAAAGUGAGCCUCAUGGUUUUCAGAGAAGUCAUUGUUCUGCUUACAUUUUCAUAAAACCUGUUUAAAAUAGCUCCCUGUCUCAGGCUUUCAGCAGUAACAGUAAGCUGACUGGCAAGUUCGAUGUUAGCUCCCGGGACACUCAGCAGCGAUGGUGAGCAUUUGGUUUUCUUAAGGCCCAGCAAGACUUCCAGGGACAUCUCUGGUGAAGCCAGAAUGGAGACACCAGUGACCUCAGGCUGAAAGUCACUCGACAUUGGUCUCUUGUGUUGAUAGGGAAGGAAAUCACACAUUCCUAUUCCUUUAAAUAACAAAACCACUAAUUGCCACUCAAUGCUAGAAUAUUUUGGGUCACCUAAUCAUAGAUUUCUCAGGGCAUCAAUACUUAAAUAUAGGCUGAUUAUGCCCCAGUUCAAAUGGGAACUAUUAACUGAGUGCAUUUCUUGCUUGCUGGGUUUCAACAGACAUCAGCCAAAAGAACAAAAGAGAUGUCAGGACAGAUUCCAGGAGUGUCGGAGCACAUGUGUGGCACCCGCUCCCUCUGGCAGCAAAUGCAGGAAGUCGCCAAAUUUACCCACUCUUCAAGAAGUCAUUGUUUAAACACGGUUUUUCAUUUUCUCAACUUUUAAUAGCAAAAAGUGCCAAAGUCCUCAGAGACCAAACAGCCUUGGUCUACCGUGCUGACCAGGGUGAAGGCAUGGCGAGGGGCUCCUCCCAGACGUGCCUCUUGUGUGCCAGCUGACUGCGGCUCGGGAGCAGACACAGGCCUCCCCACUGUCCAGGGGAGCCCGGCGGCGCAUCCCCCCUCUCCCACCUCCUGGCACUUCCAGCUGGGUGUCCCACAUGUUGGAUUCUGUCCCCACCACACUUCCAGAGGCCGGAGAACUGUGCAGGCCUAAGGCCGUUUGGAUGAAUUGUUAAAACAAGAUGCUUCCAGUUACAGCAGCAGGAGCGGGACUGGGAGCACGGGCUGAUGGCUGCUGGUGCCUUUCUUCCCACCUCACUUGCCUGUUUCCACUUGACGUUUCCUCCAGCUCCGAUGAGAAGAGUAUAAAGCAUCUUCCUAACGGGUGUGUCUGCUAUACGAACAUAAUGGACGUGAAGUGGGGCAGAAACCCAGAACUCAGCAUUCAAGGAUGCCAGGAGAGCUGUCCCUGUUUUAAAGAGCUGUGUUUUGUUUUGUUUUGCAUUUUAAGAGCAGAGAAGGUACCCUUCUGCUGCGCUGACGCAUUUCUUACACUGGGCCAUUUUAGACCCCCAGGGAAACAGCCUUCCUGGAGCAUUGUCUGGAGGUUCCAGGGACAGGGCAGCCUCCCAGAGCUGAGCAAGAGCUCAAGGCACAAAUGAGAGAUUUGCUAUACCGUGAGAAGUCAACAACUUAGCCACCACUUCCCCGCAAUGGACCAUGUAACGAAUACCUCAGCAGGCCCUGCAAAAGGCCGUGCUAGAGCUGAGGCACACACCCUGCGGCCUCUGUAGUUAGGGCAGGUGGGAUGGAGACUCCUUGAGUGUGCACACCUGAGCCUGCCCACACACAGGGGAGCAGCAUCUCGUAUGACGUCUGGAAGGAACUUCGGUUGUGUAAAGGGAGCCUUGAAGAUACGUGCAAAAGGCGCUACCCCAAUUUGGUGAAACUGACAUUGGGCACGUCUUGGGCUUAGGAGAAGCGGCCGAUGGUCCCGGCCUGCAGUGACAAACCCCCGUCCCUGCACCGCCCCCAGCACCUCCUCUCCUCUUCACCUCUUCCUGCUGGCCAUGUGGAAGCCACUUCCUCAGAGAGACCCUACCAGAUGCGGAUGGAAACAGAUGCACCAAAGCAAGCCUUGAUGAAACCGUGACCUCCUAAGUUCUGUCCCUCUGAGCUUGCACCUGUGCCUCUCUGUGUUUGCUUCCAAGCACUUCCCACCUCAAACUCCCAUUUUCAAACCACUGUAGCUCUGGGCACAUCUGAUACUUACCAGCCGCAUACAUGAUGGAGGGUUUUUUGGUCCUCAUCCAGUGGCCACACCUGUCUUUGAAAUGUCUCACCGAACUCCAGUUUUAAAAUAGAUUCAUUACUUCAACACAGCAAGCCCAAUGCACCCAGCUAAGACAGGCUUGACCGACAGCCUGGCCUUUGGUGGGGGGCUUCCUGGGGCCUGGAGAAAGUUGGCCACCUUCAACAGUUGGUACCUCUUCAACAGUGUGGCCUUUCAAAACGCAGAUGCCACCAGGAGAACAUGCCCACAGCUCACCACCUAUGGAUGCCAUGGUUCUGGGCAGCUUUCAAAGCAGGUUCCUAUGGUCUCCUCAGCCGUUUGAGGGGGAGUAACAGCAAAUCAGCCUCCAUUUUCAAAUGAAAACACCAGCUUCCAGAUGUAGGGCCUGCUGGGUGUUGCUAGCCGCCGAGCCCCAGGCACGGUGCACUUUCUCCACCUCCUGCAGCCUCCCUGUUGUUUCCAGACACUUAAACCUGGUGAGUGCAAGGACAGGUGACCCAGGGGCCUGCAGCCUUGUCCUCAGCUCCCAUCUCCUGGACUGCCAGCCUCACCCUCUGCAGUUAGCAUGGUUUGCCUGAUGCAGGGAUCCUGAGGGAUUGCUUUUUAGACCUUCUUUCACAUUCAGAAAAGUGGUAUAGAUUCAGGAGAGGCAAGAAAAUUAUGCUGUCCAUAGAAGUCACCCAUGAAGACUGAUGCCACCACCUGAAGGCUCGUGAUUAUUAAAAAGUGUCCACGGGAACCUCUCGUCCACAGGAGGAGGUUUGUCUCAACACUUCCCAUUUUUACGGCAUUGGCAUUGCCAAGCAUGGGGAAGUAUCCGCUCUUCUCAUGUUAAAAGUGACCUAGCUUCUCUUAACUCGGUCCAAGCUGACUUGUUCAGCUGCACUGGAAUUUCUUGCCAACCAAAUAUUUGCAUCGAGCAAAGGGGACUGUGUGCACCUCCCUAAUGGCAGCGAUGAUGGCUGCUGUCAUUCGAGCCCAUCUUCAGACGUCACAGUCUGGAAGUGAAAUGUCCACAAAUAUCUGUGGCAGAAAAGGCUAUAAGGACCACCCAGCUGUGCUGCAGCUUUGCAGAGCAAGGACGGUUGUGGCAAAUAAAUGAUUAACCUGCCUCGACUGUGCUGAGGGCAACCAAGGCCAUCUCACCAAAGGAUUAUUCGAUAGCAUUAAAUCACCCUGUGACCUUCCUGCUUCUGAGUCCACGGCCUUUACCCAGGGCACGCACUCCUGAGAGGCCUUCUGCCUAGAAAGAUCUACGACUGAGUUCCAACGGUUGAGGUCUAGGUUUUUGCUGGGAUUUAGAUGUUUUCAGGCACCAUUUUGACAGCAUUCAGGAAAAUGGUCACUGACCCCAUAGACUAGGGUAAGAAUAAAGGCAAUAAAUUUGGUCUGACUCAGAAUAUAGGAGAUCCAUAUAUUUCUCUGGAAACCACAGUAUACACUAAAAUGUGAAAUGGAAGGUUUUGUUAAAAAGAAAAAGAGAAUGAGCUUCAUGCUUUAAUUACAUAAGGAUUUCCAUUACGCUAUUUCUGUGAAAUGCAGCAGGUUCUUAAACGUUAUUUCAGUGGCACAGGCUGGAAGCUUAUCACAAAAAGCCAUGUGGGUGGCCUUCUUAUUAGAACAGAAAGAGACAGGCUGGUACCCAAGGCUGCUGCCUGCUCCGCCUUUGCCAGCUCUGGACAUCUGAGGACAUCCCCGCGGAUCUGGAAUGGGGCCGUCAACUGACCAUUUGCUUCUCAGAAUUUCAGUUUGAGACAUGAGAGGUAUAAUCAGUUACUCUUCUCCCCCCAGAGAACCCCUUUUGUGAGGGGAGAGGAGCUAUGGAAUGUGGUUCAGCUGAAACACAUUCAACUACAUCCUUUUGGAGUCCUUUGCCAACAAAAACAGACCAAUAGACCAGAUGGUGUCCAUGUUCAAUAUCAUGUCUUGAUGGACGCAGCUGAUGACCUCAAAUACUUGAGUGGUCUCAUGGCUGUUAGAUGGAUUAUUUGAAAAAAAAAAAAGGAGAAAAAAAUAAUUGAUUUUUAUAUCAUAGACAGCAAACUAAGACCUGGGGAGGGGGGUCAGCUUUUAUUUGAUUUUUUUUUUUUUUUUAAGUGUGCUAGUUGGGUCAAAUGUGAGAAGGAGGGAGUCCACCUGCCACCUCUUCUCUUGCCUCUCUCCUGCCCACACAUCCAGCAUCCAAAAUCCAUUCAGUUAAUGAACUGAUAAAGUGCCGUGCAAACUGGUGCACAAACAGGCCUCCAGUCCACGCACCCCGGCUCCUAGGAAAAGUGGCAACCAGGCGUGGGAGGGGCAUGCUGCAGGCCUGGGACACAGUCGGGCACCUUCCCUGGACCCCCAGGCCUUGGCUGUGCCUCAAGUCAGAGAGGGUCAGCCUUCAGGCCCCGGAGAGGAGUGACUGGCCGAUCAUUUCACAAUAAAAUCACUCACUUUUGGCAACUUCACUUUUUUUAAGGCACAGUCAGUUCCUUUUUCAUGUACCUCACAAAAGAUGCAGACCAUGUAGUACUCUUUUUGGUAAGAUUACAGUGUUCAUGUUAAAUAUCACUUCUUUCUACAUUGUGUGGUAAAAAGAACUAUGUUAAUAGCUAUAUCUUAAAUACUGUGAUUUGAGUUUUUGAAAAAUAUCCUAAUACAAAUAUUUUACUAACUUACAAUCAUUCAUCUAAUAACAAACAUUUGGAUUCUUUUGAAAUCAGUGUUAAUUGACUCAUAUUCUUAAAAGCCUGGCUCUUGACCCUAUUGCAAACACAAAGGAAACUGAAAUCAAACAUCUAAAAUACACUGCACACACACAGCUUUUCAUUUCUCCUGAGCCAUGCAGAAUUUACCUUCAAUGUGGAAAUCUGUUCCCUUUACCACACUGCAUAUGCACAGAGCACAGGCGAGGCUAUCUUUAGUCACUUCCACCAGCGAGGACUUGGACUCCAGGUUAGAGGCCGAUUUCAUACAACAGUGUUUCGCUAAAGACCCUUCACUAUUCUUGUUUAGUAAAUAGCUGUCUGCUCUUCAGGGAACUGUUACCUAUAGGUUAUUACCAAAGAACUUUGGCAAUUGGCAAUGUCCUGAUGGAAAUUCUUUGCACGUGCCAGUUCUCUGGCAUCCUCCAGGUGGCCCAACCCAAAGCAUAAAGCAGAAACCACAGACCCCGUGAGUCCCCCCUUACCUUGUUUCCAAUAACUUGGCAAAACUUCUCGGUGCAUAUUGGUUACACCCUCUGGGAUCCAUAAUGCCAUUAGGCUAAAACCCUAAGAGAGAGGGUUGACAGACACACACGCGAGAAUGGGGCAGAUCCCAGAGCAAGGCCUGGGCCCACGUGUGCUCUAUUAGUGAGUGCCUUAUACUCUCAGUAUUUUGGGGCUUACAGCUUCUUAUUUCUGCUAAACAGGUGCAGUUUCAAAGUAGGAACUGCCACACAGGCCCCAGCAUCCUCUCUCCAACUUCAUACCUCUCUCCUGGUGGGGGGAGCGGGCAUCCAGGACCUCCGGAAUCAAGGGUGUGCAGAGAAGGGCGAAAGUAAUUUUUCUAGUCACUUGAACUGAUUGGUUCCAGGCAAUUAGAAAAUGGCUAUAAAAUAACCUUAAUUUUUAAAAAAAUCUUGGGUCUUCGUUUUCCUAUUAGGAGACUGAACUGACCACAUGUAUUGAUUUAUAUCCUGAAUAUAUGGGAACUUCUGUGUUUGGGAUGUCCUACUGUAAGACUGAUGAAUGUACAGAGUUAAUUUCAGGGUACAGUUUUGCCUUAAUGGUUUUAAAAAAUAAACUAUUUUUUAAAAUUUU